AUGUCGAACUCGGCCAUCGCGAAGCCGCUGACGCUGAAAUGCGGCCUCACUCUGCCCAACCGCCUGACCAAAGCCGCCAUGGCCGAGAACUGGGCGGAUAACGAGGGACUGCCCAGCAAAGCCAUCCACGCACCGUACGGCGAAUGGGCCGACGGCGGCUGGGGACUCGUCAUGACCGGCAACGUGGAGGUCGACCUCAGGUACCUCGGCCAGCCAAAGGACACGGCCUACAACGACAAGAUCCCCUACGAGCGCAUGCUCGAGGCCUGGAAGGCCUGGGCCGCCGUCUGCAACCGCAACGGCACGCCGACCAUCGUCCAGGUCAACCACCCGGGGCGACAGUCGCCCCUGGGCGCCGGCAAGCGCGGCCUCUUCGAGAAGACCAUCGCGCCGAGCGCCGUGCCGCUGGACCUCGGCGCCGGCCUGAUCCCGCGCCUCCUCAACUCGCUGCUCUUCGGCACGCCGCGCGAGAUGACCGUCGCCGAGAUCGACGACGUCGUCCGCCGCUUCGCGCAGACGGCCAAGCUGGCCUCGGACGCCGGGUUCGCCGGCAUCGAGCUCCACGCCGCCCACGGCUACCUGCUCGCCCAGUUCAUGUCCGACAAGGUCAACCGGCGCACCGACGCCUACGGCGGCUCGCCCGCGGCCCGCGCCAAGAUCGUCGUCGACAUCGUCCGCGCCGUCCGCGCCGCCGUGCCCGCGUCCUUCUGCGUCGGCAUCAAGUUCAACUCGGUCGACCACCAGUCGCGCGACGAGCUGGACGCCUGCAUCGAGCAGCUGAAGCUCAUCACCGAGGCCGGCGUCGACUUCUUGGAGGUCAGCGGCGGGUCGUACGAGGACCCUGUGAUGGCCACUGGUGUCGCAGACGAGAAGAAGUCGGACCGCACCAAGGCCCGCGAGGCCUUCUUCCUUGAGUUCGCCCGCGCCAUCCGUCGCGACUUCCCCGACGUGCCGCUGAUGGUGACGGGCGGUUUCCGGUCCCGCCAGGGCAUGGAGGCCGCGCUCGCCAACAACGGCUGCGACCUCAUCGGGCUCGGCCGCCCCGCCGUGCUGAACCCGGCGCUGCCCAAGAACACCAUCCUCGCCGCCGACGUCGGGGACGACGACGCCAAGCUGUACGCCCGCAAGAUCGAGGCGCCGUGGAUCGCGCAGAAGCUGGGCGUGAAGGCCAUCGGCGCCGGUGCCGAGUCGGCUUGGUACGCGGGUAUGAUUCGCAAGUUGGGAAUCGUGGCCGCGUGA